CAUCCCACAGCUCCGUCGUCGAACUGGCCAAAAACCCUGCUCCUCCACGGCGAGCACGCCACUUUGCUAAACAUCGCGGCUCAUCCUGAAGUAAAGUUCCGUGAAACUUGGGACGUUCCCUGGGAAUGCGGGCUCGGCUUUGGGGUCGCGGAGUUGAUGAGUUACAUAUUCCUGAACAUUAUCUACCUACCUACACCCUGAAAACCUGGGAUGAAGAGGCGAAGAGAGAGUUUGUGGCGGAGAAAAAAAAGAGGGCGGGGGCGGUGUAUAGCGAGGAGGAAGUGGAUUAUAGGGGCAUGGUGAGCUGGGAGAGGGUGUUGAGUCGGUGUACGGGGAUGAGGGAGAGGGGGUUUGAUGUGCAUACGUAUCCGCAUCGACUGUUUUAUGGGGUGAGCGAGAGGGCGUUUGAUGGGACGAGGUGGGCGAGUCCUGGGGCUGGGAGGUGGUGGUUUAGGCCUGUUGUUCCGGGGAUGCCUGUGAGGGGAGGUGCUGGGGCUUAUUUGCCGGUUUCGGAGGAUGUUGAGAUGGUGUUGGGGUAUCUUCGUUUUAAAGGGCUACCUGCUGAACUUUCGCUUCAAGUUCUAGAAUUUGCGGGGUUCAAGGUAGAGAGGAGGCUACCGGUGGCGAAUGAUCCGCUGGAUGCGAGGAAUAGGGAGGAAUUGGUGAAGUAUUUGAGUUGGUGUUGGAAAGUGCUGGUUUGGGUUGAUGUUUUUAUGAGGGAGCAGGGAAUGGGAUUCAGUGGGAGUAUGAGAUUGCGGAGGUGGCGAGGGAGUUAUGGGGUGGUGGGAGAGGAGGUGGGAAGAGAAUGUGGAGGUAUUUACGUCCAGAUGAGGAGUUGGAGGAGGAUAUGAGGAUGGAUGGAGAUGAAAAUCAGGUUAAUAGGUUACAUUUGAAGUGGAGGAGAGUGGUUUUUGUUUGAAUCGCCCAGAGUUUUAGAAGGC